GCUGAAACUUUAGCCCUAGUUCCUUGACAGUAAAUCCUGCACUGCCUUCCAACUGUCUUUUAUCUGGAUUAUGGUAUCUCUCAGUCUCUGAAAGCCUGUAGAGACAUCCAGAUUAUUCCUCAAGAGGGAGAUGGAGUAUGAACUAAUUUUCAGUGAGACUGGACUUCAGGGGAACAGUUCCAACUGGGCACAUUCUUUUCUCCUUUUUCAUGGCCACCUGAAAACCUUGGCUUGGUGCUGACGGGUGAGAAGCAGUUCCCGCUUCCCAGUCUUUUUCUUUUCACAGCUGCAAAGUUCAGUGAGUUGAACUGCAGUGCUGUGAGUUCACUGUUCACUCUGCCACGACCAACCUCUGUUGUAAAUUUUCCUCCCAGAACACGUGACGAUGUAUUUCUUGACUAUAUAUCCCAAGUGCAGCAGCCGAGCUGUCAGAGCGCUGAGCCCCACACGGAGGAAGAAGGCUCUCGGGCUUGGCGAUUUAGGAAUUCAGGACUCGGGACAAAUUUGCCAGCCCUUGGUAAGUGAGCACAGAGCUUCAAUGCUGAGAAUGGAACCUCUGAACAGCACGCACGCCAGCACGGCAGCCCCCAGCGGUCCCCUCGAGUCCCAUGUGCCCGGCAGCGCCAGCCGCCACGCCAACGGCAACGAGUACUUCUACGUUCUGGUCGUCAUGUCCUUUUACGGCAUUUUCUUGAUUGGAAUCAUGCUGGGCUACAUGAAAUCCAAAAGGCAGGAGAAGAAAUCCAGCCUCCUGCUGCUGUACAAGGACGAGGAGAGGCUCUGGGGGGAGGCCAUGAAGCCGCUGCCCGUGGUGUCGGGCCUGAGGUCGGUGCAGGUGCCCGCGAUGCUCAACGUGCUGCAGGAGAGCGUGGCGCCGGCCCUGUCCUGCACGCUCUGCUCCAUGGAAGGGGACAGCGUGAGCUCCGAGUCCUCCUCGCCCGACGUGCGCCUCACCAUCCAGGAGGAGGGGGCGGAUGACGAGCUGGAGGAGGCUUCGGAGACCCCCCUCAACGAAAGCAGCGAGGGGUCCUCGGAGAACCUGCAUCAGAAUUCCUAGCACCCCUCUGACCUCUGGAGGUGGCCCCAUCAGCCAGCACCCUUAGAGAGAGGAAGGACACUUUCCGUGUCUGGUUUCACUUUUGCAGUGCAGCUGCCACUUUCCAGAGACCCUCGGCAAGCCCCUGAAUGGGGGACGGUGGGGGACACGGCUAAACGGGAGCAGCAGCCCGAGUCCAUGAGGUGUGGACUGUGGCGUGGACCUGCCACCGAAAAAGCCCCGAAGACGUGCAGUGUGUACCUUUCCUUGGGGGAGCCUGGGGGUCGGGGUUCCUGUUCAGAAUCCGGCAGGUCGAUGUGCCGGUGGUUGUUUUCUCACUGGAUGCCCUGGGUAGCUCCCGAAGCGGCUGCCCACUCCCGGGGCUGCCAAGUGCCGAGGGCAUGCCGAGGGACUAGUUUCGAUUUGCUAAUUUGCCUAGAGCUUUGUUCUUCUAGAUCUGAUUGGCUGUAAGUACCUCUAACGUGAACCUGUGGCAUUAGCUCACCGCGGGUUACAGAGCUUCUCUUACACGUCUUUUGGGUUAGAGGGGGGAUAUUUGAUGGAGGACUUCUGAUGGGAGAAAGCUGGAGAUCUGAACCUGGUCUAUUUGCAUACUGUAAGAAAAAAAAUGCAACUUUAAAACCUAUUAGCAUUGGCUGGGAUUCUAAGACGCAAUCUGCUAUUUUGACCCUUUGUCUAACCUGUGGCCUUGAACUCUGAUCUGGGGGCAUCCAGCAUCACAUGCUGGCAUGCCUUUUGUGUGUGUGUGUGUGCUUGGAGGGGUUUCCCUAAGAAUCUAACCUGCACUUCGAAUGGCCAUGCAGGGAAUCUUCCCGAUCUUUCCCGAAGGGGCGGGGGUGGGGUUGAACAAAGCCAAACCGUUAGCCCUGCUGCUGCUUUUUUUCCCAGCCUAGUUUUCUGAGCUGGGAGAGGACAUAAUGUGGGCCUUGACGACAUGGAAUUUCGUCACGUAGCUGAGACUUAGAAGGGCAUGCUCCGGUGAGACUGAGCAGAGCCAGGGUCCAAGUUCUGUGUUUCUUGAACCCGAGUCCCAGCUCUGCUUCGCUGUGUGGUCCUGGGCAUGCCAUCCAAAGGCUUACCGCUUUCCUGAGACUCCUGAUGAUCUGGAUCCCCAAGGGGCUGGGAGGAUGUCUGUAGAUUUUAAGACUCUGUGAUAAAUCCUGCAUGGCCUGGUGUGAGGAAGCUUGGACAAAAUAUUUCCCCCUUGGCCAGCAAGUCUGCAAAAGGCUCUGCUUAUUUAAAGGAGCAGUUGGAGGCUCAGAACACAUGUAAAGGGGAAAUCCAAGGCGAAUUCCCUGCCCACCCCUGCUGUCAUUUUCCCAGCAGUGAACCAAAAAGGCAGAUACCACAUUUCACGCUGCAAAGUUCUCUGGGUGGUGGACUAUUAACCCGCCAGUUAAGGGAAAAAGACAUGUAAGAGAAAUAGCUCAGGAAUGCUUGCUAAUGUCUCCAUGUAUUCCUGUGGUCAGUCGCUUUGUAGCAGACUCUUUAGGCCCCUGAAGACAAGGAGAAAGAAAAACACACCAAAAGGUCAAAUUUAAUUCUAGUAAAAACAUAAAAACUUUUUUUUUUUUUAAAACACGCUCUCCCUGGAUUGGAGACAGCAAUAACUACUGUUCCCAUGGAAGGGUUAACAGUGUAGGAGCUGGUUUAUCGGUUCGCCUUAGAGGAAAUUUAUGUUUUUGGGGAAAAAGGGCCCUCGGUUCACUUUAAAAUUCAGAGUGUGGAUUUACUCCAAAGGGGGCUGUUUAAGGUGAAAGAAGCCAAGCUGAGUUUGGCCCCUUGCCUGGAAUCACUUGAAUUCUGAAACUUUGCUGCGACGGACAUGUGCGCUGUCACAUUUUCCAUUGCUUAAUCCUGAAGUUUGGUGCAAGUCGAUCUGCGCCUAUUAAAAAGUGAUGUAUAUACUUCCUUCUUAUUCUAUUAAGUUGUAUAAAAUGGUCUGUAUUUAACAGUUUGUAAUUUUCACAAUAUUUUUAAUUUAAAUAAACAAACACAUUUGCCCUA